GGUUAAAACGCUCAUUCUUUCACUGAUGAAGAGGCCCGAAGGAGUAAACGAGAAAGUCGAGCAAAAGCUAGCGGAUGGAAAUUCUAAGAGAGGAGCUAUCAGGUCUGCCACAAGGAGAACCAGAAGGGGAUUAAAAGAGUCAAGAGACAGAAUUUGAACAAAACCUGGAUACUCUGAGGGCGUAUGGCUGUUAGAGAAAAUAGAAGAAACAGCAAGUUCAGGCUGGUCACGGGCAGACGAGAGAUCUGAAAUGCACCAACCGAUAAUUUGCUCUUCCUGUUUACCCUCCCCAAGCAUCCGAGACUCACCUUUUCUUCCAUUCUUUCUUCUCCUUCCAUUGCAUCCUAACGCAGUUCUUGGGUUUCUCUCCCCUCGACGCUAUGGCGAGUUUUCUGAAUUUCCCAGACGAGAUUCUCCUACUCAUAGUAUCGUCCCUUGAUACCUUUCGUGAUAGCAGAGCCUUAUUGUCUGUCUGCUUGACUUCGAAGAAACUCUGCGCCAUCGCACAAUCCGUCCUUUACACUGAAUAUUCUCGAUCAAUCCAUUGUCAUUGUUGUCAUGGUGAAAAAACAAAGCCUGGCCGUCUUAUUCCCUUUAUCUAUUUUAUCCGCACUCUUAUAUCUCGGCCUGACCUUGCCGCGCGCGUCCGGAGUAUAGCCAUCGAUGCACGCGAAUUUGACACUGAUGCAUUAGAAACCAAAUCAGCCAAUAUUGAUGUGGAUACAAUCGGUAUAUUAGCAAAGGGGUUCCAAAGGCUUCCUGUGAGGAACAGAGACAAAUUGUUGAUGGACGCCAUGAUGAUGAAGACAAAUCCAUUCAUUCUGAUGGCUGCUUUUCUGAUGCCCAAUCUUAACUCUUUCCAGGUCUCCAUUGGAGGAGAAGGCCUGGUCCACCUGGAGCCAUUGUACCGAGCAGAUCUCAAGAACGGCCGUAGCUCUGCCUAUCUCAGCCAGAUCAAAUCACUGUCUAUUGAAGAUUUUCAGAGACCAGAAAGCAUGGUGGUUGAGAACCUGAUACAUCUAUUGCACUUGCCCAAGUUGGAAGAGGUCUCGUUUGAAUUUCUCGACGCGGAGGCUGAUAACUUUCCGACUUUUGAUAUACCUCCUUGGUCUCUGAAUGUUUCGCAUUUGACAUUCAAAAACAGUUGUCUCGACUCAGGAACACUCACCAACCUGGUUGCCGCAUGCAAAUGUCUCCAAUCGUUCUUCUACAAGUCCUGGUGGAAUGAAGAGCCUUCAGUGGUCGAAUUCAGCGCAGACGAGCUAGGUUUAAUUCUCUCCUCUCAGGCCAACAACCUUCGAUUUAUAUGUGUGGCGUUUGAGGUCACGGAUCUUUCGUUACUUUGGGAAGACUAUCCUAAAUUCAGCUCGUUUGCAUCCUUCACGAACCUUUUCAGCCUGGACAUUGAACAACGGUCUCUGGAACCCUCAACCGAGUUUCCCGCCUCUCUCACAACACUGGUGAUCCGUUGCUGCGAGUUUCCGAUAUUCCAGAUGCUGGAGAUCUUAACGGAGCGCAGCGAAAGUGAUCUGGUGAAUCUUGAGGUGGUUCUUCUGGAGCCCAAGUUUACAGUGCCCAAUGGCAUGCUCGGGAUAGCACGACGCUUUUCUCAUGCUGAUAUUACGAAUAACCGUAGCUGCCGCCUGCGAUUCCGAAGAGCGUAUACGCGAGUGAAGAAAAUCGUUGAGAUGGCCGGUUUUGUGUUGGGGAUUAAUCAUCAGACAUGGGAUGAUUUCCAGAUGGGAGAAAUUUAA